ACAGAUGACGCACGGCCCGGGCUUCCGCAUUGGGAGCUGGAGGUGGAACCCGGGACGCCGAGAGCUGGGGUCCGGGUAGUGGAGCGGCCUGCGGGCCAGGGGUGGUGAUGCACCGCCGCGGGGUGGGAGCCGGCGCCAUCGCCAAGAAGAAGCUCGCCGAGGCCAAGUAUAAGGAGCGAGGGACUGUACUGGCUGAGGACCAACUGGCCCAGAUGUCAAAGCAGUUGGACAUGUUCAAGACCAACCUAGAGGAAUUUGCCAGCAAGCACAAGCAGGAGAUCCGGAAGAAUCCUGAGUUCCGAGUACAGUUCCAGGACAUGUGUGCUACCAUUGGGGUGGAUCCUCUAGCCUCUGGAAAAGGAUUUUGGUCUGAGAUGCUAGGCGUUGGAGACUUCUAUUAUGAGCUGGGUGUCCAAAUUAUUGAAGUGUGCCUGGCCCUGAAACAUCGGAAUGGAGGUCUGAUCUGCCAGGUGUCUUUAAGCUGCUCUUCUCACCUCAGAGACGACCUGAUCAGGGCCAUCAAGAAACUGAAAGCACUGGGCACUGGCUUCAGCAUCAUCCCUGUGGGCGGCACUUACCUCAUUCAGUCUGUUCCAGCUGAACUCAAUAUGGAUCACACCGUGGUGCUGCAGCUGGCAGAGAAAAAUGGGUACGUGACUGUCAGUGAAAUCAAAGCCAGUCUUAAAUGGGAGACAGAGCGAGCGCGGCAAGUGCUGGAACACCUGCUGAAGGAAGGGCUGGCCUGGCUGGACCUGCAGGCUCCAGGGGAGGCCCACUACUGGCUGCCAGCUCUCUUCACAGAUCUCUACUCCCAGGAGAUCUCAGCUGAGGAGGCCAGAGAAGCCUUCCCUUGACUGAGUGCAGAGGGGUACACAGCAGCAGGCCAGAGGGGAGACCUGUCUGAAUAAACCUGGACAGUUUUGUUUAUAAAAAGA